UCGAAGGUCGCGCUGGUUACGAUGACUGCAAAUGACGCACUGGUCACAUUACAGUAAGAUCAACCUCUCGACUUAUUAUAUUUCUUCAUUUAAUGCCAAGGAUGAGAAGGGCUGUGAGCGACACUUAAAGCGGAUAUUUCUUGAGUUUAGUGGCGUGUUUGAGAGAUAAGAGAGAAGGAUCUAGAAUCAGCCCAGGACUGACUGCAUCACUGAUAUCAGAUGAUAACUCUUCAGCGCACAGACAUGAGGAGUUUGCCGUAUUUCUGCCGGGGACAGGUUGUCCGUGGAUUUGGACGAGGAAGCAAAGAGUUGGGCAUCCCCACAGCCAACUUCCCAGAGUCAGUAGUGGACAGUCUCCCUGCUGACAUUAACACUGGCAUCUACUACGGGUGGGCACGUGUUGAUAACGGAGACAUUCACAAGAUGGUGAUGAGCAUCGGCUGGAACCCUUAUUACAAAAACACAAAGAAGUCAAUGGAAACACAUGUGAUCCACACAUUUAAAGAAGAUUUUUACGGCCAGAUGUUGAGUGUGGCCAUGGCGGGCUACAUUCGUCCUGAGAGAGGAUUCAAAUCACUUGAUGAGUUGAUAGCAGCGAUCCACAGUGACAUUGAGGAGGCGAAGAGAAACCUGGACCUGCCUGAGCACUUGAAACUGAAAGAGGAUAACUUUUUCAAGACAUCGGUAUCCACAAAAACCAGAUCUGAUGAGAUCAUGAACGGUCAUUGAAUUGAACGCUGUACUCACUGUCCCUUCUCUCUGAUGACCUCUAGAAAAAUCCAGUUUAUUUAAUUUGCAGUUUGUUGUUAUUUUUGUAUUUUAAAUAAGAUUUAUAUCCCAGUUUAUUGCUUUGGACAAGUGCAGGCGCUAAACGCAAGAUGCAUGUGUAAAUUCUGUUAUUAUCGUGUGUUCCUUCUCAGUGUCUGUGUAUGAUGCACAAAGAGGGAUUCGAGUUACAUAACGAAGAACGGCUGAGGUAUUAUUACUUCAGUUCAUGUAACUUAAACGUCAAAAAAAUUGCUACAAUCAUGUUACACAUGAACCCUGUCCUGGAAAGAAAGUUCCCCUUGAAAGUGCUCAUGUUUACUACAGUCCCCUCGCAGUGAUACCAUGUGAAAGUUAGAGAGUGUUCUUUUCUCUUGUAGCAACAAAAUUCCACUGUUCUUAGUUACAACAUGAUAUCAUUGUUGUUCAGCAGAGACCUGGAAAAGGAUUAAGCUUCUCGCUUCAACAAUAGUUGAAAUUGGAAUUCAUCCUCAUCCUAGUUUUUAUGGUUCUCAGAGAACCGUGCCCUGAGUUGAAAGUCCAAGGUUGAGAUAAAGAGAGCUAAAGCCCAGUUUGUCAUACUGCGAAUGCAAAACUGGUCAGACAGUGGUUAAACGGCAACUCUGUCUGUACAUUAUUACUUGAAUGAAUGAUAAUGUUCUUUUUAAAUAUUUAAGAAUAUGUACUGAAGCCCUGUAUAGCAUAUAAGUUGCUAUUAUGUACUAUGUAAUGCUAAACCUUCACCUAAAAUAAAUUCUGCCUUUUUACUUUUUUCCAUUUACUCUGGUUAGACUCAACAGACAGUUUGUUCAUGUAGAUCCAUAACACUUAAACCCUUGCUGAUUUGAAACUUGUGUUUCGGUUGUUUGAAUAAAGUAAAAUGCUGCUGCAAGAAUUCUUUGUGAGAUGGACUCAGGAAGACGACACUAUUUAUGACCCUAAAUUUUUGCCAUGCUAAGUUUUGUAAUCUUUGCCAUCAGGGGGUGUUUAGAGCUGUUAAACAACUGCAUCCCCGAUGUUUCGUUACUGUGUGAAUAAUUUGCUUUGUAGGUUAUGUCAGUGCCUUAAAUGUGUUAAAACUAAAAUCUAAAUACUAACAUACAGUGCACAACCAAGCAUUCCUUCAAGGUUAUAAGUGACACCAACAUUAGCAUUAAGCAACAAAAAUACCUUGUUUAUCCUGUAAAUGCCAGUAAUCUGUUCUCAGCAUUAAGCAACAAAAAUACCUUGUUUAUCCUGUAAAUGCCAGUAAUCUGUUCUCAUCAUAGGGCAACUCUUUAAUUCUGAUGUCACAUAAAUUGUAUAAUUUCUUGCUUAACUUUAAUAAAAGCGCUAUAU